AAAAAAAAGCGUAACUCCUGCAGAAACAACCCCUGCAUGUAUUCUGCUAUACGUAUCACGUAUUUAUUGCAAAAUAAUUUCGUGUGCAAAUGUGCAGAUUAAAACUAGUUUGUGACGUACCAGGGACAUUGUUAACAGAAUUAUUUCGUGAGGUGCACAAGAUGAUUCGUUGCAUUGUAACAUGUGGGCUAAUAAUUGUACUUACUAAACAAAAUCCGAUAUAAACAGAGGAAAACAGACAAGUGCUUGACAAAUUGGAACCAGUCUGGUCGGUCCAUUUGGAACAUCAACCAAAAAGAUGUUUGACAAUCUGAAUCAGACACAUUAUGCUGCCGAAAGAAAUGUUGUACGAUGGCACCCCCAAGAAGAUGAACUCGAUUGGUUACCAGCAGGAAUUUGGAGGUUACAAAAGAGGAAAUUUCUUGAACAUUGGAGGACCCCACGAGAAAAUAUUGGAAUGCAGAUAAUGUCUUCACAUGGGCGUGAUCAAUAAAGGCUGUCCAAAGUUCACGGCAGGGAAUUGUGCAACUCUUCAGGGCAACCUGUGUGCUGCGCUUUAAAGUAACUUUUGGACAAGGGCAGCGCUGUUUUUGUUUUUAGCACGAGGAGGAAUCAUGCAGAUCAACAUUUGGGGGAUCCACGUGGCUUGCUUGGCAGUCAGUCUCGGCUUUUCCAGCGGUUUUCUCAACACAGCCAGACCAAGUAUACCGAGGAUUGCCAAAUACUUUGGCACAAAAGGCCGAUACGAGGAAGUGAAUCCAUAUCUUUUAGACGACAUCCUGGCUGUCAACACGUCCAUCCUGCGGCCUCCGUUUCCACAAUGUCGUCCCGUUCAUCUGACCGCCAUUAUAAGGCACGGAACCAGAUACCCUACGAGCAGUAUCUUCAAGUAUAUGGAACAGAUGUACGAGGCGGUGAAAAGCGCCGCGCCUGGCAAAGAGAGCUGGGUAUGUGAGAUCCAGGACCAAUGGCGGAUGUGGUAUCCUCAGGACACGGAUGGUCGGCUGGCCCGGAAAGGCGUGGAUGAUCACAAACAUCUGGCGGUCAGGCUGUCCAAGCUGUUCCCCUCGCUUCUUUCCGAGGAGAACCUUCGAGGAGGAUUCGUGAAGUUUAUAACCAGCUCCAAGCACAGGUGCAUCAAUAGCACGCUGUCCUUCGUGGGAGGCCUUACGGAACUGUGGGACAUUCAAGAUCAGAAGUUUGACUACGAGGUGAACGACGCACUGAUGAAGUAUUUUAGCCAGUGCGCCAAGUUUGUGAAGGACGUCGUCAGGAACCCCUCAGCUCUGUUGGAGGUCGACAAGUUCAAAGAAGGACCGGAGAUGAGGAGGGUCCGGGAGAAGAUUGGGGACCAACUCACAGUCCCCUAUAACAACAUCACAGCCGACAUGGCCGACGCCGCAAUGAACCUCUGCGCCUACGAGUUGGCCAUCAGGAACGUUAACUCUCCCUGGUGUGAGUGCUUGGACGACGUUGAUGCGCAGGUAGUGGAGUAUGCGAACGACUUGAGACAGUUCUGGAAGAGAGGCUAUGGCCAUGAUAUUAACAGAAUGUCGAGCUGUAUUCUUUUCCAUGAUGUCUUCAGCCGUCUUGACAAAGUAGCCAGCGAGCGCCUGUCCGGCCAGCAGGUGACCGAAGCAGUGACGAUCCAGGUAGGCCACGGGGAGACCCUCCUCCCGCUCUACACCCUACUGGGCUUCUUCAAGGACGACGAACCCCUGACGUCGUCAAACUACGCCUCCCAAAGGCAACGAUCUUUCCGCCCCAGCUUAAUGCUACCGUACGCGGCUAACCUGCUACUAGCGCUGUACGACUGCGAGGAAGGAGACUUGAGGUUGCAGCCGCUGAUCAAUGAGAAACCAGUGACCUUCCCCGGUUUGACCGAAGGUCAACAGUCGUCUAUGCCGCUCUAUCGAGACGUCAAAGAACACUACAAGGAGCUGAUCCACGGAUGUGACUUUGAGACAGAAUGUGAACUGUUUACUAGGCCUAACCAGUUUUCAAUCAAGGAUGCCUUGUAGAAGCUACGACGUCUUAAGAAGAAAACUUUCACAAGACAGCAACAACUCUGGAGAUAAAACAUGAGGUGAAGGAACAUAACAUUUUAAUGUAAAAAGUGGAUCGAAACAUGAGGCAAAACAAACUGCAGAUGGAAUUCUGUCUGGGUAAUAAAAGAAAAAUCAGCCAGAAUAAACGGGAAUAGGAAUGACAUUGUUUACAACACAAGUGCGUAAAUAUUUAUUACAUGUACUAAUACAGUGGUACACGAGAUAAAACACUUGUAACUCAAAUCAUCUUUUCCAGAUCAUAUUGUGGAUUGUAAAGAGGAAAAAUAGCACACCAUCAUAUAUUACUGUAUAAAAAAAUGGGAAAUACAGUGUAAAGCAUUGAAGAUUUUGUACAUCAUGAAUAAAUGCUGCAAUCAAAUACA